AUGGCACAGGCAAUCACCUUCGAGUUGAAGAUAUCAAACUCGUCGCUGGUGGUUUCCUUGGCAGGAUCGGCUGCCGAAUCGGCCUGUUUUGGCUCUUCAGCUGUCUCCUUUGGCUCCUGUGGCUCUUCAGCCGGCUUGGACUCCUUGAUGUUCAACUCGGCCAUAGAUCCCUCAAUGCUCGAUGGAGCAGUUUCUGGAGAAGGAGUCUCGAUCAUGGACUCGGCCGAAGAAAACGAAACAUCCUCCACAGAAGAGGUCUUUCUGGUUGACAAGGUCUCUCAACAAGUAUGGGUUAACGAUCUGGAACUCACCAGCAAGAACUCUUCUGGAGUAAAUGUUGGAAGUGUAAGGCUCGAAACACUCGUUGUUUCCAAGAAUUUGCGAAGUCGAAGCGGUAGGCAUUGGUGCAACCAAAAGCGAGUUUCUCAAUCCGUUCUUCUGGAUCUUGGCCUUCAAGGCGUCCCAGUCCCAAAGAUCGGUAGGUUUCUUGCCCCACAGGUCGAAUUGCAAGAUACCUUGCGAAGCUGGAGAUCCUUCGUAGGACUCGUACUUGCCAUCCUUAAUAGCCAGCUCCAUGGAGGCUUCCAAAGCACCGUGGUAGAUGGUCUCGAAGAUCUGGAUGUUCAACUCUCUGGCUUCGUCACUGUCGAAAGGCAGUCUCAAUUGCAUGAAAGCAUCAGCGAGACCUUGGACACCAACAGCAAUUGGUCUGUUACGCAUGUUGGAUCUUCUGGCCUCUGGAACAGGGUAAUAGUUUCUGUCAAUGAUCUUGUUGAGGUUCUUGGUGACAACCUUGGUGAUCUGGUGCAGCUUCUCAAAGUUGUACCAGCUGGUGGUCUCGUCGUUUUCGCAGAACGAAGGCAGAGAAAUCGAGGCCAAGUUACAAACAGCAACCUCCUCUGGCGAAGAGUACUCGACAAUCUCACAGCACAAGUUGGACGACUUGAUCAUACCCAAGUUCUUCUGGUUGGUCUUGGCGUUACAGGAGUCCUUUUCCUUGAACUCGUCACCGUAGACGUCAGCAAGACCUGGGGCUUCAGAAGGAGAGAACAAAGUCCAGUCGGCGUUUUGCUCGACUCUCUCCAUGAACAAGUCUGGGAUCCACAAAGCAGGGAACAAGUCUCUAGCUCUGAUUUCCUCCUUACCGUGGUUCUUACGGAUGUCGAUGAAAUCAAAGAUGUCGGAAUGCCAUGGCUCGAUAUACAAGGCAAAGGCACCAGGACGCUUGUUACCACCUUGGUCAACGUAUCUGGCGGUGUUGUUAAACACUCUCACCAUCGGAAUCACACCGUUAGAAGUACCGUUGGUACCGGCGAUGUAAGAACCAGUGGAUCUGAUAUUAUGGAUGUGCAAACCAAUACCACCAGCUGCCUUGGAGAUCAAAGCACAAGUCUUAAGCGUGUCAUAAAUUCCGUCGAUCGAGUCCUCCUUCAUUGCGACCAAGAAACACGAGGACAUUUGAGGGUGGGGGGUACCCGCGUUGAAAAGGGUUGGAGACGCGUGAGUGAAGAACUUCUGGGACAUCAAGUUGUAGGUCUCGAUGACCUUUGGAAUGUCGUUGCCGUGAAUACCAAUGGAAACACGCAUAACCAUGUGCUGAGGUCUUUCAGCAACUUUUCCGUCAACCUUGAGCAAGUACGACCGUUCCAGAGUCUUGAAACCAAAAUAGUUGUACGAGAAGUCUCUGUCGUACACGAUUGCCGAGUUGAGCUCUUCUGCGUUCUUCUGAACAAUCUCGUAAGUCUCCUCGGAAAUCAUUGGCGAGUGCUUACCGUUCUUUGGGUUCACGUAUCUGUACAACUGCUCCACGACUUGGGAGAAUUGCUUGGUGGUUUGCUUGUGCAAGUUGGAGAUGGCGAUUCUGGCAGCCAGGGUCGCAUAAUCCGGGUGGAUGGUGGUCAUGUAAGCGGCAGUCUCUGCAGCGAGGUUGUCGAGCUCGAUGGUGGUGACGCCAUGGUAAACACCAGAAAUGACUCUCUGGGUGAUGGCAACGGGUUCAACGUGCUUAGGGUCGAGGCCGUAACACAAACGGGACACUCUGGCGGUGAUUUUGUCGAAGCGGACUGGCUCUUUGCGCCCGUCUCUUUUCAAAACGUACAUUGUUGGUGUAUUUGUUUUGGGUGGAACUGGGAUCUUAUAUACGCGUGCACGAGACGCGUCGCAAACACGCGCAGAGAAACCCGGAUCCUGGAAUGA